AUGGAGCGGUCAGAGUCCCAGCGGCGUGGGGGGGAGCAAAGCUGGUGGGGUAGUGCCCCCCAGUACCAGUAUAUGCCUUUUGAGCACUGCACCAGCUACGGACUACCCUCCGAAAAUGGGGCCCUUCAGCACAGGCUCCGGAGGGACGCAGGCCCCCGUCCCAACACCCGCCCCACACAGAUUUAUGGCCAUCACAAACAGCAGCCCCCGCACAAGGAGCAGGGCAUGGGGAUGCCCCCGAAGACGGGCUCCAGUGACAGCCUGGACAGCAAGGAUGAGGAUCACUCUUCUAAAUGUCAAGACUGUAUGCGCCGCCUGGGACACGUGGUAAGACGGAAAUUAGGAGAAGACUGGAUCUUUCUGGUGCUCCUGGGACUGCUUAUGGCUCUGGUUAGCUGGAGCAUGGAUUAUGUCAGUGCCAAAAGCCUUCAGGCCUACAAGUGGACCUAUUACCAGAUGCAGCCCAGCCUGCCUCUGCAGUACCUGGUCUGGGUCACCUUCCCGCUAACUCUCAUCCUCUUCAGCGCCCUCUUUUGUCACCUCAUCUCUCCCCAGGCCGUUGGCUCCGGGAUCCCUGAGAUGAAGACAAUACUCCGUGGGGUCAUCCUGAAGGAAUAUCUCACCCUCAAGGCCUUUGUGGCCAAGGUUGUGGCCCUGACUGCAGGGCUGGGCAGUGGCAUUCCUGUGGGGAAGGAGGGCCCAUUUGUGCACAUAGCCAGCAUCUGUGCUGCUGUCCUCAGCAAGUUCAUGUCAAUGUUCUGCGGGGUAUAUGAGACCGUGUCUGGGCGGCUUGAUCUCCUGGUGCCGGCCUGUGCGGUGGGCGUGGGAUGCUGCUUUGCAGCCCCUAUCGGAGGAGUGCUGUUCAGCAUCGAGGUCACCUCUACCUACUUUGCCGUGCGGAACUACUGGCGAGGAUUCUUUGCGGCCACGUUCAGUGCCUUUGUUUUCCGCGUGCUGGCCGUGUGGAACAAGGAUGCCGUCACCAUCACCGCCCUCUUCAGAACCAAUUUCCGAAUGGAUUUCCCCUUUGACCUGCAGGAACUCCCAGCCUUUGCCAUCAUCGGGAUUUGCUGUGGGUUCCUGGGAGCUGUAUUUGUGUAUCUGCACCGCCAAGUCAUGCUUGGUGUCCGAAGGCACAAGGCCCUCAGCCGGUUUCUGGCGAAGCAUCGCCUGCUGUAUCCCGGAAUCGUCACCUUUGUCAUCGCUUCGUUCACUUUUCCGCCAGGAAUGGGUCAAUUCAUGGCUGGAGAGCUGAUGCCUCGUGAAGCCAUCAGUACCCUCUUUGACAACAACACAUGGGUAAAGCAUGUGGGUGACCCUGCAAGCCUGGGCCAGUCGGCUGUGUGGAUCCAUCCACAAGUCAACGUCGUCAUCAUCAUCCUCCUCUUCUUUAUCAUGAAGUUUUGGAUGUCCAUCGUGGCCACCACUAUGCCCAUACCCUGUGGAGGCUUCAUGCCUGUGUUUGUGCUAGGAGCUGCAUUUGGAAGACUGGUGGGAGAGAUCAUGGCCAUGCUAUUCCCUGACGGUAUCCUAUUCGAUGACAUCAUCUACAAGAUCCUACCCGGGGGCUAUGCAGUAAUUGGGGCAGCAGCGCUGACUGGCGCAGUGUCCCAUACGGUCUCCACAGCUGUGAUUUGCUUCGAGUUAACUGGUCAGAUUGCCCACAUCCUCCCCAUGAUGGUGGCUGUCAUCUUGGCCAACAUGGUGGCUCAGAGCCUGCAGCCCUCCCUCUAUGACAGCAUCAUCCAGGUCAAGAAGCUACCCUACUUGCCUGACCUUGGUUGGAACCAGCUCAGCAAAUUUACAAUCUUUGUUGAGGACAUCAUGGUGCGUGAUGUGAAGUUUGUUUCAGCCACCUGCACGUAUGGGGAAUUGCAAACCCUGCUCCAGACCACCACAGUCAAGACUUUACCACUGGUUGAUUCGAAAGAUUCCAUGAUCCUGCUGGGCUCCGUGGAGCGGUCAGAGCUGCAGUCCCUCCUGCAGCGCCACCUGUGCCCUGAGCGGAGGCUGCGGGCAGCCCAGGACAUGGCCAGGAAGCUGUCUGAGCUGCCUUAUGAUGGAAAGGCGCGGCCCGCUGGCAGGGGGCACCAAGGCAUCCCAUCCGAGGGCCGGAGGGAGUCCUUUGCCUUUGUGGAUGAGGAUGAAGAGGAGGACCUCUCUGGGAAGCCCGAGCUGCCUCCUCUCCCCGCUCCUCGCUCCUUUCCUGCCGCUCCAUUGUCCCCAGAAGAGCCCAACGGGCCCCUGCCCAGCCACAAACAGCAGCCAGAAGCCCCGGAGCCUGCAGGUCAAAGACCCUCUGUCUUCCGGUCCCUGCUGCGCUGCUUACUGGGCAGACCUCGCCCCACAAAGAAGAAAACAACCCAGGAGUCAACGGAUUUGGUGGACACCAUGUCACCUGAAGAGAUUGAGGCCUGGGAGAAGGAGCAGCUGAGCCAGCCGGUGUGUUUUGACUACUGCUGCAUUGACCAGUCUCCCUUCCAGCUGGUGGAGCAGACGUCUCUGCACAAGACCCACACGCUCUUCUCGCUCCUCGGCCUCCACCUUGCUUACGUGACCAGCAUGGGGAAGCUCAGGGGCGUGCUGGCGUUGGAGGAGCUGCAGAAGGCCAUCGAAGGGCACACCAAGUCCGGGGUGCAGCUCCGCCCACCCCUCGCCAGCUUCCGGAACACGACGACAGCUCGGAAGAACCCUGGGGGCCCGCCCCCUCCCACGGACACGUGGAGCCUGCCUGAGGACGGAACCGGGGCGGCCGGGCCGGGGGACAGGGCUCCCGCCUCCCCAGAGACCCCCGUGCCCUCCCCCUCCCCGGAGCCCCCUCUCUCCGUGGCUCCAGCCAAGGUGGAGGGCGAGCUGGAGGAGCUGGAGCUGGUGGAGAGUCCCGGGCCGGAAGAGGAGCUGGCUGAUAUCCUGCAGGGCCCCAGUCUGCGGUCCACCGAUGAGGAGGACGAGGACGAACUGAUCCUGUGACGCCUCCAGGACCUCCUCCUCAAGACUGUCCAGAGGCCCCGGCCCCAGGCUGGCUUUGUGUGGGAGAGGGUACGUCCUGAGGUUGGAGGGAUCACACCAAUGUCCUGCCCCCUCCUGGGAAUUGUGAAAUGGGAUAGUGACAGUCUUAGAGGAGGGUUCCUUGCAGCAGAGAGUAGCCUUGAUCAGUUAUUUAGGCCACGUCCCCCCAUCCAGACAGGCAGGGGCUUCUAACCCCAGCGGAGGGCCUGAUAGUCCGUGGGGUUUCCCGAGUCUCUCUGGUGUGUGGGGUGGGACAUACCCUGCGACUUUCAGGCCUCCCCUUAUUCUCCAAGAGCCCCUCAUGUUCUUGUCCCAACACCUUCCUGGCUCUGCCUAUGUGUCUGCCAGUCUCCAUGGCGGGGACCCACAUGACUGUGGCCUGUGGAGGAGAUGGGAGGCCCUCAUGACCUCGUGGACAGAUGGCCCCAGAAUAUACCCCAGAACAGUCCGCACCCCUCUCUCAGAGCCCCCCACCCCGUUCUCCCACUGGCUCACACCGGCUCCCUGAAAGUUGCCCCCCACUACCUGUCACGAGGCAAGGGUCAUCACUAGGGCACUGAAAGGCCGGUCCCAUCACCUCCUCCUUUGCCUCAGACUUAAGCAGUGCAAUGUGGAGAAAGGAGGGGCAGCCUGACAGAGAAAAGUUCUCUGUGGAGGAAGCAGGGUCACUCCUACCUCCUUCAGGCAGAAAUCACUCCCAUAGCAGUUUCCUCACCCUCCAGUUUCCAGGUCACUCCCUGGAAACAUACAUCCCCCUCCCCAGUGUCGUCACUGAUCCGUCCUGCCCAAGGGUCGGCUGUGCCCUCCCGCUGCUGUGGCUGUGGCUUCUACCCGGCACCAAGGCUCAGGGCAAGGUCACUGGGUCACUCAGACACCAGCCUUUAGGCUGGUUCUUUGUGUUCCUCUCCUAGAGGUGGAGAGAGGAGGGUUCAGAGUCAAGGUGGCAGAGGUCUUUGAUGCUUCCCACACUGGGGAAGUCAGAUCCGUAUCCUCCCCCAAUCGGCAACAGGGUGUCUGCUGUUAGCCUGUCUUUCUUAUAAGUGGUCUCGGGUGCUCUGAGCCUCCACACCCAAGGCUUUCCUCCCUCCCUCCUUUUAUGCCUUGUCUGCUUCUGCAGUUUUACCCCUUUCCGACAUUCUCCUCCUUCUCCUCCCCUGUGCCCAGUCUCCGUCACCCCCCAAAUAAGACACUCAUAGUCAGAUGUGCCACCACAUUCUGUUUAGUGCCAUUGAACACAGCCUGUAGCCCUCUCCAACAUCACGUCCCUUCCACCUCCCCAGGCCGAGAGAGAGAGAGAGAGAGAGAGAGAGAGAGAGAGAGGGCACAGCCUGGGGAGGGGGUUGGCAGUAGGCAUGUGAGCCCGUGCCCAUGUGUAAAUAAUCUAUAAUAUUUAUAUAUAUAUAUUUAUAUAUAAUUCUCUCUGUAAUAUAUGUCAUAGAAUCUCUCUUGGGCCUGGGGUGGGAAUGUCACAUUAAGAAAACAUGCUAAGACUGGCCAUAAAAAUGAAUUAUUUCCCAGACCUGGAAGACACAGAAUGGGAUGUAGAAGUGGGGGCAAAGAGAAGGGCAUACACUCAUUCACCAAGAGCCCCUCCUCAGCUGAGGGGCAAGAAGGAAGGCGUGGGGGGCAGUGGGGCAGUGGAAGGGGAGGAAUGGGAGAUUUGGAUUUUUCUUUAAUAAAGUGAUUUGAAAAUGAAAGUGCACCCCCCUCCCCCCCAAAGGAAAAUCAUUGAGCAAGAGCAGUUUCAUUCACAAGAAUAUAAAAACAGCCCUGUUCCAGGACUGUCGUAAAACGUGCUGCACAGCCUUUAACCCCAAAGGAAAAAGCAACCCCCCCGCCCCCCCCACAGCCUCUUCCUGCACAUGCCCCUCCCCUCCCCCUAGAAUAGGCUAUAAGCAAACCCCAUGCACCUGCCCCCAGCACCGGAGAGCAGUUCCUCCCUCCACCAGAGUCCUAAGAGGGUCCCAGGGCAGGUCCUUGGUUCUUCUCCCUCUUCAGAGUGGGAAAUGCAGGCCCCCCCACCUGACCUCUGGUCUGCAAGCCCCCUCCUCGUGCAAAGUCUGCUAGACUCCCUCCCAGUUCCAGCCACUGUUUCAGGGACCAUCUGGCUUCCUGGGAGAAGGGAGGGAGGAAGGGAGGACAGGGAGAACGCCGCUUCAGUCCACCUUUCCCGACUCCACAGGCCCUGAGCAAAAAGGAACUGUAAUGAACGAACCCGCUGGACUGGAUGGCUGCCGCGGUCCGGGCACGGGGGCAGAACAUAGGCACGAAGGGGGUGAGGCUAAGAGGGAAAGGUGGUGCGCUGAGACGGCAGGUGGCACAGGCGAGGACACAGGGACUCGCCAGCAUGCAAAACCCCGAGGACCCGCGGCAGGAGUCUGGCGUGAGGGCCACGCGAGGCCACUUCCAGAGCUCCCAGCUACUGGUCCUGCCGCCACCUGAGGCAGGUCACAUUUUCAAACACGCGAGGGGUCUUCUGUUGAGACAGUUGUAGAAAAGGUGACUUUGCUUACGUGUGCUCACCGUGCCCACUCCUGGGUCCUCCAAAGACCGACCCCAGGAAAACCAUUCUCCUCUCCCCUGGAGGACACGGGCCCUUGUUCUCGGCUGCAUUUUAGGAGCACAGAUGAAAGGGUGAACUCUGUGGGGGUGGGGUCAUGGAUGGACAGAAACACCCCGACUCUCAGCCUCCUCAUUCCAAAGAAAUAGAAGUCUGGGGCAUGGGGGGGGGGGUGCAGUUCUGCCCAGGGUCUGGGACAGUGCUCCCUUCCUGGCAGAGGAGAAAGUGGUAGGACCCCUGACAAACUUUGGGUGGGACACAAGGCCUUGGACCCACAGCCUUCGU